UCUCCACUAGUGAAGGAUGAGACUGAGAAUGCUGAGGACCCCCAACAUGCUUAUAAUGAGUUAUAUAACGAGUGUCUAAAACAAGGAGAGAAGUUUCUUUUAUUGAGCAUGAGUCUCAAAAUUAAUGAAGAUGAGAAGAAGGCACUUCAUGUGGACUUAGUUAAGUCUAAGGCUCAUAUUGUUGGGCUUGAGGAGGAGAAGAAGUCCCUUCAUGACAGG